AUGUACAGUAUUGGUGUACACGGUAUGGCGGUUCCGAUCGAAAAGCUUGGGCUAGAGAAUCUCCUCCAAGAGAGAGUAUAUAUAAAAUGGAUUGAUGAGGGCCAUCCUUAUUCGUUAGGUUCUUGCUUAGUCGACAAUAAAGAGAACACCAAUUUUCUUAUGAAAGUGGUCUGCGAUUCAGAAAAACGUAUUCAUGUCUAUUUCUCCCUGAAGGUGACUCACAAGCAUACUGGCAAAAAUCGUUCAAUGGAGAUGUUAUUGGUCGUCCCGCCGCACGGUAACUUUGAAUGUUUCUCAAAAUCUUUUCCAAUAUCAGGGCUCGAUGAUUUGUCCUCCCAUGACGCAUCUGCCCUCCACGAAGCCGGUAUAAGUAAUCUGGAGCAUAUCAUUGUCCUAUCAUUCGAUCUACAGUUUACAGGAUUUGUUGUGAGAAAGGAGAGGGAAUCUGCGAAUAUUUUACCUUCCAACUCUACCUCGAGUACAUUGAUGCAGAAACUCAGAUCUUUAUCUGUUACGAAAAGUUUCAAGGUUUAUAUCAGACCUUCCGAUUACGCGCGUGCAAGUUUGAAAACGGUUAACGAGCGCUUGCGUGAUAAGGGCUCAUGGAUCUGCGAACCUGAUAUGCGGAAGACAUACUCUCAACAAGGUAUUAUGCUAGUCGACUGGGCCCAAGUUAAAUAUCGAGAACUCAAAAGCAAACCACUGUCACUGCCACCACAAUCGCAACCGCAACCACCACCAUACACCGAACAUGACGCACAAAGGUCGACUGAGGUGCAGGUUCCUCGGUCACCACCAGUCGCAGAUGUAUAUCUAAACAAAGACAUUGUGCCGGCAACGCCAAGCCUUCUACCGGUGUGCCAUGGUAUUUUCUCGCCCGACUAUGAAGAGCCGCUAGAUGUUGCAGACGACUUGGAUCUUGACGAUAUUCGCAAAGAUCCAGGACAUAUCGAACCAUAUCUUGAGAUGGACUCGGAUGAGGAAUACCUUGCCGCGUUGCAUGCUCAACAAUGUAGUCAACAAGUCAGACAAGACACAAACUCGGAGGUUCUUCGGUUAGAAUUCAAAGAGUGGUUAAAGGCAGCGAUGUCAAUAAAUGAAAAUGUGUACGGACACAGCGGACUAACCAAAAAGUUGUUCGCUCUUGGUGACAGUGUCCAUGCGUCCAAUAUUGGAAUGUUUGACGCUAUUAGACCUUGGUGUUCUGCACUGUUCUUAUGCGACCCCGCAGAUUCAAGCAGACUAACAGAUGAAUGGUUUGUCUCGGAUAUGGCUGGGCUCAUUAAAUGGGUUAACACAUUUCACCGUGGCGCUGAGAUGUCUAUACUAAUGGACGAUUUUUUAAAGCUUGGUAAUGCUGCUCGCGUGCGUGACAAGAGUGAGUACAAGCGUUACAAAGCUGACUUUCUGCUUCGCAUAUGGAUCGAAUUUGACUGCUCAAGCAUUAGUAUCAACGGGGAGAGCAGAAAGGUCUUGUCCCGAAAAAGGAAUGUCUUAGAGACUUGUAGUGAUGUUACUAAACGAGCUAAAAUAACUACAUAACUAUCAGGGAGUUACUGACUUUAACUUUCGCAAAAGCAUCGUUGUCAAUUAUAGCACCGCUUCGUUAUGUUGGCGGCGCAUGUUCAUACAGAGAUGAUCUGGUGUUCCUCAAGUCCCAGCCUGUGGUUGGUCUCCGCAUUGAGUGGCUUACUUGGAUGCGAGCUACUGUUCGAUCGCUUUUUGACACGCAGAAAUGGGCAUUUGAAGGAUACUCGAAGUACUCAAAAGUCGAAUAUACUUUUCGUCGUACCGAGCAUCGAUCGUGGCCCAACGGUGGUGAUUCCACCACGGUAAAUUGAAAAGGGAUAUGGCCUCCCAGAGAACGUCCUUGAUGUUUAUAUGACGCAAAACGAAACAUUUCAAACGAAAUGCACUGUUUGGGACGAAGAGGUUUGGGUGAACAACUUCCAAAUAAAGGUCAUUCGUCACCGGAUGACACGAAAUCUGGAUCAUCUAGCAUCACUCAUUGCGAUGGAACUUGAGUUAGGAUUCGAGCGAUGGUGGGGCACCGGGGCCAAAGAGUGGAAGGAAAUUCAAGUCUGAGACUCGUGUUUGAAGUUAAUUGCAGGAGCUGGAAAUGGGGCAUUCUGCGAAGCUCCUCAUCGUGAUAAUCGCUUCUUGAAACGGCUUCGAGAUCAUGUCAUGAGUAUCAUCUCCGGUGCCAUAUUCAUAAACUGUUCGCCCACAAUAUUGAAGCCAGUUUCCGGGAUGUUAGUUGCAUGGACCUGUGAUUAUUCCUUUCAAAGAACCCUUAAGAUAUGCCUUCCUUAUGUUAAAGAGCGACUGGAUAAUACGGCGCAAUUGAAGCAGAAUUCUAGUUAUGAUUGGAUUCCUCGAAAAGAUGCCCUCAGUGGAUAAUUGAUGAGUGCUAUGCAACCAAGGAAACCUCGCAGUUGAACCCCAAGCGCGUUGCCCACCGCCUGCUUCUAUUGAAUGAUGUAUCUCUACAUUCCACGAGCUUUACGAUACAAAAUGUACUGCUAGAUCUCUUCAGCCAUGACCCUUCGAGUGGUAUCGUGGAUGCCUUACGGGAGCAAUGCAAACGCGUGCUGAAAGAAGCAGGCGGGUCUUGGACCCGCGAUGCAGUCAGCAAGCUCACGCUUGUGGACUCAACCAUUCGAGAAUCCAUGAGACUUUUAUUCUACUAUUCUAGUAUUAAUAAACUAAUAAAUUAUGUAUAAAAAGAAUAACAAGAAUUAGAAUCUAAAUUGAUAUCUAUAUAAAA